AUGAUUCGAGAAGUGUUACUACUAAUGAUACUGGGUCAAGGUUGGACGAGACCACAGAGAUGUACCAGUAAUGUCGAUUGUGAGGAAAUAUGGCCAGGAUCGACAUGUCGUCGGUGGCGAUGUCGAUGUCCGCAAAAUUACGUCCUGAGAAAAAGCCCAAGUCGAAAAUGGGUAUGCUUGGCCGUGAACGAUGCAGCCACUGGCCAAGUCGGACCGCCGCUCACCUGUCCGUUGCCAGAUGGUGCCGGCUACCAGGUGGUGCUACGAAGCAGUUCACUCCAUCACCUCGAAGCAGCUCCUCCAGUGUUCUGUUCUUCGCAAACGGAUGACUGUAAGACCGGUUAUGAAUGUAUAAAGGGGCUGUCCCUCGUUGGAGAAAGUGGCGGAGUCUGCUGUCCGGAUCCAACGACAACCUGCACCCAACCGAUCUUCGAUCAUGAAUCGGGCACGCUGAAUCGGUGGGGAUUCAAUGGAACGGAAUGUGUGGAAUUCAAGUGGGAUCCAGAAAAGCCAUCAUCAGCGAACAAUUUCAAGACACAGAUGCUAUGUGAGAGUUACUGCAUAAAUAUAUCCUCUUACAUGUUUUAG